UAUCCUUGCACAAGGUGACGGAUGAUGCAGAGGUAGUUGGACGUUACGGAUUGGAUGAUGCAGAGGUAGUUGGACGUUACGGAUCAGAUGAUGCAGAGGUAGUUGGACGUUACGAAUCGGGUGAUGCCGAGGUAGCUGGAAGUUACGGUUCUAAUGAUAACGCGACGGCGUGCAUAUUAAUAUCGG